AUGAGUGGAUAUACCCAUUCCGAUGCAUUUGACUCAGGCACUCUUGCCGUCGGAACCAUCCAUCGCCUCCAUUAUGAACAAUAUGGCAAACCAGAUGGCAAACCCGUAUUAUUUCUCCACGGUGGACCAGGAGGGCAAACCUCCAAAGCAAACACAGCCUACUUCAACCCCUCAAUCUACCGAGUCAUUCUCCUCGAUCAACGCGGCACAGGCAAAUCAACCCCGCAAACAGAGCUCCGUGAGAAUACGACACCCGAUCUGGUAACUGACAUUGAGUCCCUACGUACUCACCUCAAUAUCCCAAAAUGGUACCUGCUCUUCGGGGGUUCCUGGGGCUCAACUCUCGCUCUUCUCUACUCUGAAGCUUAUCCAGAUAGAGUUGGCUCGCUUCUUCUGCGCGGGGUCUUCACAACCCGUGAUGCGGAGGUGAGCUGGAGUCGGGGGGUGCUGGGUGCUGCUAAUAUCUUCCCCGAGGCGUGGGAGGCAUUUGUAGGUUUCCUUCCGGCUGAAGAGCGAGGGGACCCAGUUGCGGCUUAUUAUAAGCGGCUUACUGGGACUGAUGAGCGGGCUAAAGCUGCUGCGGCGAGGGAAUGGAAUCGGUGGGAUUUGAGUAUUGGGACUUUGAGGGUUGAAGAGGGUGCAUUUCUGAAUUUAGAGGAUGAAGUGUGGAGUUUGAAGCAUGCGCUUAUGGAGGCUCAUUAUGCUGUGCAUCAUUUCUGGUUGGAGGAUGGGCAGAUUUUGAGGCGGGAGAAUUUGGAGAAGAUUGCUCAUAUUCCUACGACUAUCAUCCAGGGUCGUUAUGAUAUGGUCUGUCCGCCGCAGACAGCUUGGGAAUUGCAUCGGGCUCUGCCCAAGUCGAAGUUGAUUUGGGUUGCAGAUGCGGGACACAGUCCAAAGGAACCCGGAACGAAGGCAGAGUUGUUGAAAGCCUGUGACGAAUUUUCAUUAGAUCUGUAA